ACGUCAACAACAUCCCAUCCCGAAGACACUCACUGCAGCUAAGACGGGAUCCGUGUGAGACCUGGCGUCAUUUGAACUUCCUUCAAAGGCAUAAAAGCCAGAAGAGAAAAAUGAAGAUGUGCCGUUUCGAAAUGGUCACUAAGCUGCUGGCAGCCUUGAUUCUAAUGGACAUCUUCCAGGUGAAGGUUGAGAUGUUAGACAUGGCUGGUGAUGCAUUUGACGAUGAAUACCUGAAAUGUUCUAACAGGAUGGAGAUGAAAUACGUUCCCCAGCUGCUCGAGGAGGAGAAAGCAAGCCAUCAGCUCUUCCGAGCUGCGUGGGAAAAUGCCAGAAGCAAGUGGGAGGCCCGGAAGCCUCGGGUCUCUGUCCCUAGGAGUUUUAAGGACAACCACGGGAUAGCCUUGCUGCUGUACAUUUCCGAAGCUCAAGAACAAACUCCCUUCUCUCAUCUGUUCAACAAAGCCGUGGAGGAGGCCGGGAAAUCCCGGAAAGAUUACAUCUAUGACUUCCAGUUCAAGGCCUUCCACUUCUACCUGACCAGAGCCCUGCAGCUGCUGCGAGGACGCUGCGCGGAGAGCUACGCGCCCGCGGUGUACGCCUCGAGGCCCGCCGCCCCGGCCGAGCCCAGGCAGGGCCACGCCAGGCUGGGCCGCUUCACCCUGGCACGGGCGGCCGGGCCCCAGGCCACGGGCGACGGGCGUGUCGGGCUCACCAUCCACACGUGCUUCGGCGUGGCGGUGGAGGCGUUCCUUGACCAGAGCAGUGGAAGAAUGGUGUUAGUGCCGCUGAACGAGGUGUUUCAAGUGUCACAAGAAGGGAACGGGAAGAACCUUCUCCUUCAGAGCACAAACAAGACCUGCAGCCAUUACGAGUGCUCGUUUCUAGGUGGACUGAAAACCGAGGAGUGCGUCACGAAUCCAGAUGAUAUCCAACCCAUCUACGUCUACGUCCCUGGUGAGGAGAGCCAGAAGCUCGCGGAGGAGGAUGCGACCGGCCGGGACCCCACCGCGGCCCCAGGACUGAGCGCCGCGGAGCCCUUCCCGCUGCCCGGAAGAAAGCGGGUGCGGCCGGACGGGAAGCCUGGAGAGAGAAGUCAAAUAAACAUCGACAAUCCUACGGCCGCAGGCCCCGUUCCCGCUCCGAGUCCCAAGAGCCACCCCUCGGCGUCCUGCGGCCCAGCGCUCCUCCCGCUCCUCCCGCUCCGCGCGGCCGUCAUCGUCCUCAUCCUCGGCGCGGCUGCUCUCCGCGAGCUCUUGGCCCCAUAGUUGGAUGGGUUUAUACCACAGGAUCCCAGUGGAGCUCAGUAGGAAUGAUGUGCUUUUCACUUGUUGGUCAAAGUCACUUUGAAAAAAGGAAAACUGUAAUUUAUUUUGCCAUUCAGUAAGUUAGUCCUGGUAUAAUACACAAAAUUAACUUUUCACUUAUUUCUGUAUUAAUGUUAAGAUCGAAAAAACUCCCAACUGUAUACUUUUGAUUGGAUUCAAUAAAAAGCCCUUUUUCUGUA